AUGCGAAAACUAAACUACAGACUUGCCUCUAAACAAACUCUCUGCACCGAUGCAAGCCAUGAUCAGCAGACUCACGCAGUCUACAAGCGUCUUAUCGAUGGUGCCAAAAUACUAGUCUCCGAUAUUUUCUCUCCCGUCGGUCGAAAACACAACCGGUCUACUACACCUGCCCCGGUGGCUAAGAUUACUCGAUCCGUGCCUGCCAACCGUAAGGUGAAAUCAACCAGGCCUUCAUGUAACCUGGACUUGACCAUUGAGCAAGAAGGUGUAGAAGUAGCCAGUGGGAAAUGUGGAUGA